AUGGCCGCCAGGCAGGCCGCCGGGAGGGGCCCCGGGGGGAAGCGCAAGCGGGUGGUGCUGACCCUGAGGGAGAAGAUGGACGUGUGCGCGCGGCUGGAGAAGGGCGAGAGCCGGAAGGCGCUGAUGCAGGAGUACAACGUGGGCAUGUCCACGCUCUACGACAUCCGGGCCCACAAGGCGCGGCUGCUGCGCUUCCUGGCCGGCUCCGCCUGCAGCCCGGCGCUGGAGCGGCGGCGCACGCUGCACACGCCCCGGCUGGAGCGCCUGGACCGGGCGCUGCACGCCUGGUUCCUGGGCCGGCGCGCCGCGGGCCUGCCCGUGUCCGGCCCCGCGCUCAUCGCCAAGGCCAAGGACCUGUACGCGCAGAUGCGGCUCAGCGAGCCCUGCGUGUUCUCCGGCGGCUGGCUGUGGCGCUUUAAGGCCCGGCACGGCAUCAAGAGGCUGGACGCGGCCGGGGAGAGGCAGGCGGCCGAGCGCCAGGCGGCCGAGCGGUUCUGCGGGUUCUUCCGGAGCCUGGCGGCCGAGCACGGCCUGACGCCGGAGCAGGUGUACAGCGCCGGCGAGACCGGCCUCUCCUGGCAGCGCCGGCCUGGACCCGCCGCCGAGGGCGAGCCGGCGCCCGGCGGCAAGCCGGGCCGGGACAGGCUGACCGUCCUCGUGUGCGCCAACGCCACGGGCUCCCACAGGAUCAAGCCCCUGGUGGUCGGGAAGUGUGGCGGCGCCCGGGCCCCCCGGGGCACCCAGCACCUGCCGGCGGCCUGCCGGGCGCCGGGGACCGCGUGGGCGGGCCGGGCCGAGCUGGCCGGCUGGUUCCACCACAUCUUCGCCCCCGCAGUGCGGGCGCACUUCCGCGCCCUGGGGCAGCCCGCGGACAGCAAGGCCGUGCUGCUGCUGGACGGCUCCCGGGCCCACCCGCCGGCGUCCGAGCUGGUGGCCGGGAGCAUCUUCACCGUCUUCCUGCCGGCCGGCGCCGCCGCCCUCCUCCAGCCCAUGGACCAGGGCCUCCGGCGGGGCCUCGUGGAGAGCUUCGCCAGCUCCCCGGGGGCGCCGCCCGGCUGCCCCCCGCGCCCCGGCGGCAGCGACGCCGCGGGCAGCGUGGCCUGCGCCUGGGACGCCGUGCCCGCCGCCGUCUUCAGGCGCGCCUGGGGGCGGCUGUGGCCCGGGGCCUCUUCCGAGGAGGAGCCCGAGCGCCCCCCGGAGCACACGGAGAAGGACGGGGACCCCGGGGCUGCCGGGCAGGGCGAGGAGGCGCCCUGGGAGCAGGCGGCCACGGCCUUCGACACAGUGCUGCGCUUCGCCGCGGCCUGGCCCUGCUUCUCGGCGCAGGAGCUGGGGCAGCUGCGGGCGCUGCGCUCCGUGCUCGCCCGGCGGCGGAGCCCUCCCCUCAGGGCCGUGGUCGAGCCCGAGGGCCCCCGGGUGCGCCCGGGGGGCUGCGCCACAGCGGCCUGCGCGCCCUGCACCGCGGGCGAGAACUGA